CCGCCGCUUCCUUCACUCGGGCAGCGAUGCCUUUCGUAGUGACAGGCUGACGGCUCCCCGAGCUUCCUAUUCUGUUGCCCUCUGGAACAGCCUCCUCCGAUGGCCGACGACAAGCCGUCGCUCACCCGCUGGUCCUUCCAGGACUUUGAAAUGGUCUAUGAUGCCAAAUUUGGGAGAAAGAGGCUUCCGGAGUCUGGAAACUCUGACCGCCAUAAUGCCGAUGACACAGCACGUAAUGGAAGUGCUUUGAGCUCAGUGCCAAGCGGGCAUGUGAGCGGCCCGUCGGAAUUGACCAUAUACGAGCAGUAUCGCCAACAGGAGAGGAGUGCGGUGCAUACAAAUGGAGAUUUGUCUGAUAGAUCGAAUGAGAAGCCGCAGAUCAGUUUGCUUCCUCCUUAUGAAUCAGCCGAAAUGCGAACCCUGGCCGAGAGUUUAUGUAGGGAUAUUGUUCGUGGAAGCCCAGAUGUUAAAUGGGAGAGCAUCAAGGGUCUAGAGAAUGCCAAGCGUUUACUGAAAGAAGCAGUUGUUAUGCCUAUAAAAUAUCCCAAGUACUUUACUGGUCUUCUUUCACCAUGGAAAGGUAUCCUCCUUUUUGGCCCACCAGGGACAGGAAAGACUAUGCUUGCGAAGGCUGUCGCAACUGAGUGCAAGACUACAUUUUUCAAUAUCUCUGCAUCGUCUGUAGUCAGUAAAUGGCGUGGCGAUUCAGAAAAGUUGGUGAAGGUGUUAUUUGACCUUGCUAGGCACCAUGCUCCAUCGACUAUUUUUCUUGAUGAAAUUGAUGCCAUCAUCAGUCAUCGCGGUGAUGGUCGUAGUGAGCAUGAAGCAAGCAGGCGCCUGAAAACUGAGCUGCUCAUACAGAUGGAUGGCCUGGCCCGGACGGAUGAACUUGUUUUUGUUUUGGCUGCCACAAAUCUUCCGUGGGAACUGGAUGCUGCCAUGCUUCGACGCCUUGAGAAGCGAAUACUCGUACCUCUUCCAGAACCAGAAGCAAGAAGAGCUAUGUUUGAGGAACUUUUACCGCCAGUUCCUGGUGAAGAGAUGCUUUCAUAUGAUCUAUUAGUUGAUAGGACUGAAGGAUAUUCGGGUUCAGAUAUAAGGUUAUUGUGCAAAGAGGCUGCAAUGCAGCCGGUGAGAAGGUUGAUGGGUCAACUUGAAGACAUACAGGACCUGGUGCCUGAGGAUGAGCUGCCCAAGGUUGGACCAAUCAGGCAUGAAGAUGUAGAGAUUGCGUUAAAGAACACGAGGCCUUCUGCACAUUUACAUGCACACCGAUAUGAUAAAUUCAAUGCUGAUUAUGGCAGUCAGAUACUCCAGUGAAGCCACCUAAUGUUCUUGUUGCCAUAUAUAUGAAUUCUUUCUCCAGAGGUACCAAAGCUUCAGGUCUUUCUGUCCCUUGGGAUCAUGAUCUCCGGUUUACUGAUUACCUGCUAUUUUGCCCUCCAACGGGACAACCAGUUAAGCAGCCAAUUCUUUAAAUAUCUCAAUAAUUGUACAUAAUCAGUGAGCACGUUAAUGUUGAGUUCUGAAAAGAGCUGAAAAUGAAAAUGGUUUGCUGUAGUACUAUUGCUGCUCGGAAACAAGCUGUUGAGUGGUAAGACCUUUUACUGCUUAGGUGAGCUUAGCUUUAUUUGUAAUAUUCUUUGAUCUUCGGGAUUCUGGUCUUAGUUCCUUGAAUAAAUGGAUGUGUUCUGUGCA